AUGGGCAGCGGAGGCUCCUCGGGGCGCGGGGCCCGGCUGGCGGCCGCCGAGGGCCCCGACGGCGUCGAGCAGCGGCUGGAGGUGCGGGGCCGGCAGGUCCCGGCCGAGCUGUGGGCUCAGCAGGGGCUGCGGAAGCUCUACCUGAGCGACGCGGGGCUGCGCGAGGUCCCGGACGAGCUGGCGGAGCUGCAGCACCUGCGGACCCUCGCCCUGGACGGCAACGAGCUGAUGGAGGUGCCCGAGGCCGUGUGCGACCUGCCCCGCCUGGCACACCUGUACCUGGGCCGCAACGGGCUGCAGGGGCUGCCGCCCGCCUUCGCCCAGCUCCAGAGCCUGCGCUGCCUCUGGAUCGAGGGAAACUUCCUGGCGCACUUCCCCCGCGCCCUCCUGCAGCUGCCGGAGCUGCGCAGCCUCCAGCUGGGGGACAACCGGCUGUGCCGGCUGCCCGCGGCGCUGCCCCGCAUGGGCGGCCUGCGGGGGCUCUGGCUCUACGGGAACCGCUUCCAGGAGUUCCCGCCCGUGCUGCUGCGCAUGGAUCACGUCCGCGUCCUCGACCUGGAUCGCAACCGCAUCGCCAGCUUCCCGGACCUCACCGGCCUCGCUUCCCUGCGCCUCCUGUCCUACGACCACAAUCCCGUCCGGGAGCCGCCCUGUGUCGGGGAUGAAGUGCAGCUGGUGGGGGACGGGGCGCAGGAAUACAUGGAAGCGCGGCAGGAGCGGCUGCAGAGUCUGCAGCGCCAGGAGGAGGAGGAGGAAGGGACCGAGGCCACCCCGGUAUCCCCCGAGGAUGGGCUGCAGGAUGGGGAGGGGGAAUUCGCGGCCCUGACGGGGUCUCCUGAGGAAACGUGAGCCGCUGUCCCCCUGAAGGGGUGCAGAGCCUCCACCUGCCUCCCAAGGAGUUCCCAUCCAGGGCUGGGACCCUGGGAAAGGAGGAAGCUCAGCAGCCACAAAGGAAAACCGACGGUCUGAGGAUCAGUGUCAUUCAGCAAAGAGUUUUGCCCUGGAUCUGCAGGGCCCCCAGCAGUGAUCCCACCUACCCCAGGGUGCCUUGGGUUGGGAUACAGCCCCCUGUCCUGAGAGCACAGGGAAACGCAAUGCCGGUUGCAUCCAUUCCAUGGGUCCCAUCAUCCUGAAGAGCUUCGAGGUUUGGGAACAAAGGCACGGACCCUGAGACCCUCAUCCUGCUGCUGGAAUUGGGCUGGGGGAGAGAAUUUUCCACCAGGCUCCUCCUGGCCAUGAGGUUUGGGAAGGAGCCGCUGGAAAAUCCACCUGGGUCUAAGCACUGCCUGUCUCCAAGCUGGAAAGGGUUUUGCCUCCGUGGGAAGAGGAGGCUCAUCCCUGGCACCGUCUGUCCCAAAACAGGUACCAGAUCCAGGGCUGACCCCUUACCCUCCCUCUUCCUCUCUCCAAGUGCCUCUUGGACCAAGCUCAGGCAAUAAAAAGCACAAAUCCAAGGAAUUCGGUGUGAGAGAAAGGUGACGGGGACCAGCCUCAGGGAAGGGUUCAUUUGGGAUCCCUAAAACCCAGCAGCACAUCCUGGUGUGCGACCACCAGCUCCUCUUAUUCUGGACAUCCAAGGAAUCCCGAUUC